AUGAGGGGCUUCUUGGCUCGUAUCAGCUCCAGAAAAAACGUCCUAACGCUCCGGCUCUGGUUUUCAUUGCCCUGCAAGAAGGAUCAGUCAAUAAGCCUUGACUUGCCAUCACCCCAGGAAGUCCUCAGAACCUGCUGUAGCACAGUACUGCCCUCAGCUGUGACUUGGUCUGAGCAAACAGAGGUCCUGAAUCUGGCAAAGCAAGUGAUAAAAACCAGCAGGGAGGUGACAGGGAUGAUGCUGCACUGCAGACCCCAGUGUGAGCCCAGCUCCCUCGGCAGCUGUGUGAGGGACACUGUGACUGGGAGACGCCAGGAAGCUCUCCGAGCCUCUCCCUCGCCCGCCCGGCACCGAUUCAGCGACCCGGCUGAGGUCGAGGCCUUGCGCAGGAACCUGCUGGCUUGGUACGACGAAUUCAAGCGGGACCUUCCUUGGAGGAGGCUGGCUGCAGCGGAGCCGGAUGCCGACAGACGGGCGUACGCAGUGUGGGUGUCUGAGAUCAUGCUGCAGCAGACACAGGUGGCUACAGUGAUUGACUACUACAACCGCUGGAUGCAGAAGUGGCCAACGUUGCAGGCUCUGGCACAGGCGUCCCUGGAGGAGGUGAAUGAGCUGUGGGCAGGACUUGGCUACUACUCCAGAGGAAAACGUCUGCAGGAGGCAGCAAAGAAGGUGGUGUCUGAGUUGGAUGGCCAGAUGCCCAGGACAGCUGAGGGCCUGCAGAAGCUGCUGCCAGGAGUGGGCCGAUACACGGCAGGAGCCAUCGCAUCCAUCUCGUACGGGCAGGCUACUGGUGUCGUGGAUGGGAACGUGAUCCGGGUCCUGUGCCGCCUGCGGUGCAUCGGAGCUGACUCCAGCAGCCCAGCUGUCAUUGACCGACUCUGGGACAUGGCCAAUGCCCUGGUAGACAGGAGCCGCCCAGGGGAUUUUAACCAAGCCCUGAUGGAGUUGGGAGCGACUGUGUGUGUGCCCAAGGCCCCACUGUGCGCGGAGUGCCCUGUGAAGCAGCACUGCCAAGCGUGGCACAGGGUGGAAAAGGAGCUGGCCUUUGCCUCUCAGAAGCUGUUUUCAAAACCUGCCCCAGUGCCUGAUGUUGAGGACUGUGGUGCUGGGGGCUGUCCCCUUUCCUCGUGCCCCCCAGCCACAGAGCCAUGGGACAGCAGCCUGGGGGUCACCAACUUCCCCCGGAAAGCAGCAAAGAAGCAGCCGCGGGUGGAACGAACAGCCACAUGUGUGCUGGAGCGGAGGGGCUGCCAUGGGGCUGCCGAGUUCCUCAUCGUGCAGAGACCCAGCUCGGGUCUCCUGGCUGGACUCUGGGAAUUCCCCAGCUUCCCACUGUCCCAGGGUCUGCAGGAGGAGAAGCAGAGGGAGAUACUGGCAGAUCAUCUCCAGGCCUGGAUGCAGCAGCCUGUGGCAGCAGGAAGCCCGCAGCUUAUUGGAGAGGUUGUCCAUAUCUUCUCUCACAUCCAUCAGACAUAUGUGGUCUACUCCCUGUCCCUGGAUGGGGACAUCACCGUGGACCCUGGCUUGUCCCCAUCCCGUUGGGUGACAGAGAAAGAGUUCCACACCUCAGCCGUGUCUACAGCCAUGAAGAAGGUGCUGAAAGUGUAUGAGAAGCAGUGCAAGGAGGAGAGCACCCCUGGCAAGAGCUCCAAGCGGAAGCGGGGCGCAAAGCUGCAAGGAGCAGGGAACACUGGGAAGCAGCUCUCGCUCCGUGCCUUCCUCCGGCCACCCACCUCCCCGUGA